AGCUUUGUGACGUCAUAUUUUAGGGGGGGGGGUCUGACUUUUUGUGACGCCGUGUGACGAAAGGGGGGGGGGUAAAAAAUCGUCCAAAAUCGCGUGACGUCAUUUAUGGACGGCCCCAAAGCGGUGUUGUGUGGGCAACUCUAACUCACUGAUUCAGUCCCAUUACCGAAUUCUCUUUCCGUAGCGGAAGACGGACUUCGAGCGCCAAUAAAACCCCUGAAUCAGCAGCCGCGCGCUGAUUGGACAGAGCCGGCCCCACCUCCCUCGGCGUGGCCAAUCGCAUCGCGCGCAGAGGCUGCACAUGCAGGAAGUGAAAUCAACGCGAGGCCGGGUGGAUGUGACGGGCUCGUUUAACGGUUAAUGUCGUCGAUAAUUAUGUAAUAAUAAUUACAAAUAAUAUAAAUAAUAACCUUAUCUUAUUGACUCGUAUGGACGACGCGAACAGCGUCUCCGUGGCGUUCAAGAAUAUAAAGGUUCUGACCGGCAGCGUUAAGAGCUCAUGGUGAACAGACUUUGCUGUGACCCUACAGGACUCGAUCCUUUAAGUGCGCACUUGUGGGACCGUGACCCCUUUCCCCCCCAAAUGGGCCUCGUUUCUUCUGUGCACGAGUCGUGACAAGGAGGUCUGAGAUAAUCCAGGCGCUAAACGUCGCGUCCGCUCGUCACCUCCUCCCCCCCAAGGGAAGAUGCGUUGGACUCAGUUCAGAACGUCUUGGAAGUUCCCCACAAUUGUGCUGUGCGUCUACGGCUUCUUGUACAACAUGCGACCGUCUGAGCCGUUCCUCACACCCUACCUGGUUGGACCCGAUGUGCAGCUGUCAACUGAGGAUGUGACCAACAAGGUGCUGCCAGUGUGGACGUACUCCUACCUGGCGCUGCUGCUGCCCGUGUUCCUGCUGACGGACUUCCUGCGCUACAAGGCGGUGAUCGUGCUGCAAGGCGCGGCGCUCGUGGCGACGUGGUGUCUGCUGCUGUGGGCGCGAGGCGUGCCCGCCAUGCAGGCCAUGGAGUUCUGCUACGGCGUCGUCACGGCUACGGAGGUCGCCUACUACUCCUACAUCUACAGCGUGGUGGCCGCUAAGCACUACCAGCGGGUCACCGGCUACUGCAGGAGCGCGACUCUCGCGGGCUACACGCUGGCCUCCGUGCUGGGCCAGCUGCUCGUGUCCGUGGCCGGCACCUCGUACCGCAGCCUCAACAUCAUCUCGCUGGCGUCCGUGUCGCUCGCCUUCCUCGCCUCCUUCCUGCUGCCUUCGCCCGAGCGCAGCAUGUUCUUCCACAAGAGGGCGGCGCUGGCGCCGACGCCAUCCAAGGCGGACGGGGACGCCGGCCUGACCGGCGACGGUGACGACGGCGAGGCGGCUUCCCCUAGCGUCCCGUCCGUCGCGGCAGCGGAGCUCCGCGCCGGCGCUAGCGUCGCGGCCACGGCCGCCAGCAACGCGCCGUACCGGCCGCUGAGCGGCGGCAAGGUGGCAGACUCGCAGAAGGUCGCUUCGGAAGAGCAGGUGCUGGUGGACGAGCGCCAGUGCCCACGCUACGGGGAAGCUCUCUUCGAGGGGACGACCCACGAUGCGAAAGCCGGAAGCGACUCUUGCGACGUCGUUGACUUGGCCGGUUCGUCGUCGUCAUCGUCGUCGUCAUCGUCGCCGCCUCUUCCCAGCGGGAUUGACGCGUCCUUCGCGGGCGUGAUCACCCGCCUACUCAAGGACUUUGCGAAGUGCUACACGGACCGCUCGCUCCUCGUCUGGUCCAUCUGGUGGGCCCUCGCCACCUGCGGCUACAACCAGGUCAUCAACUACGUCCAGGUGCUUUGGGCAGAGAUGGAGCCGUCAAACAGCACGGCCGUGUACAACGGAGGCGUCGAGGCGGUCUCAACCCUCGUGGGCGCCGUGUCGGCCUUCGCCGUGGGCUUCAUGCCGCUAGACUGGGCGCUGUGGGGGGAGCUGGCGCUGGGGGUCUUCUCGGGGCUCGACGCCGCCGCCCUCUUCCUCAUGGCGGCGCUGGACAGCGUGUGGGUCGGCUACGUGGGCUACGUCGUCUUCAAGGGCUCCUACACCUUCCUCAUCACCAUCGCCACGUUCCAGAUCGCGGCGACACUGGACAUGGAGCGGUACGCGCUGGUGUUCGGCGCCAACACCUUCGUGGCGCUGGUUCUGCAGACGGUGCUGACGGUGGUGGUGGUGGACUCGCGCGGCCUGGGCCUCGACGUCGUCACGCAGUUCUUCAUCUACGCGUGCUACUUCACGGCCAUCGCCGCGCUCUUCGUGCUCAAGGGCCUCCACACGGUGGUGCGGCGCCAGCUCCUGCGCGGCUCCGAGCCCUCCAAACUGGAGCCGGGCCCGUCGCCGUCGCCACCGCCGUCGUCGUCGUCAUCGUCGUCGCCCGUCAACGACGCAUGCCCCGGCUCCUCUCGCGUCAUCCACAGCUCCCAGCUGUGACGGCGAUUGUCACGACGGGAGAAGGCUUUGCGGCGUGGUGAUAAACGUUGACAACAUCGUCAACAUCGUCGUGUUGGUCUGUCCACUCGAAGACUCUGCGAGCCGCUCCCACCUAACAACAUGAAGGAGAAAUCAUUCUGUGGUGGCGACAAGAUGUUAUCUACCUCGCCUGGCACGGAGGGGUGUCGUGGGUUCGAUCCCAACCUCCGACGAUGCCGCGUGCUCUGUCUCGCCACCGUGGUGGUCACGUAGAUUUUGCCCUCCACCAAUUAUGAACACGCUUUUCGAUUAUUUAGCUUCGAAUAUAAAUUCCCACGUGAUGAUAUCGGCCGCUUCAAUGAGCUAUCACAAAUGGCCAGGUCAUCUCUGAAAAAUAGCUCGGUGGGCUUUACCUGGUUAAAUGUAAUGGUUCUUCUUCUUGGUUCUUUCGGUAAAGUCACGUAGAAUGAAAAUAAUAAAAAUAAAACAUAAUAAAAUAAUUCUCACGACGUUUCGGCCACAACGCAAGCAGCCGUCCUCAGGUGUAGAACAGGUCUGUUGAGAAGACAGAGUCUGAAUGUCAAGACGCUCUUCCCCCCUCCAUCCCAGCUUAAAUAGUCGCUCCAAGCCUGGGGCGUGUCAUUCAGACUCUGUCUUCUCGACAGACCUGUUCUACACCUGAGGAUGGCUGCUUGCGUUGUGGCCGAAACGUCGUGAGAAUUAUUUUAUUA